GGCCCGCGAUGGAGCCGGCAGCGGGGGGUCGCGCGCCGCCCUGAGCGCCCCGGCCCGCGGCCAUGCUGCCCCGAAGGCGCCCCCGGGCGCUGGGCGCCGCGCUGCUCCUGCUGCUGCUGCUGCUGCUGCUCGGAUUCUUCCUGUUUGACGGGCGGCUGCGGGGAGCCGCUGCCCUCGACGGAGACCCGCUGGGGGGACAGGGCGGCCACAACCGCUCCGACUGCGGCCCGCAGCUGCCACCCAAGUGCGAGCUCUUGCAUGUGGCCAUCGUGUGUGCGGGACAUAAUUCCAGCCGAGAGGUCAUCACAUUGGUGAAGUCCAUGCUCUUCUACAGGAAAAAUCCGCUGCACUUGCACUUGGUGACUGAUGCCGUGGCCAGAAACAUCCUGGAGACGCUCUUCCACACGUGGAUGGUGCCCGCUGUCCGUGUCAGCUUUUAUGACGCUGAGGAGCUCAAGGCAGGAGCCCGGCCUCUCUGCACUCCUGCCAGUUGUGCCCAUCCCUCUCCUUCCUCCCUCACGCUGGGGCGAGGGGGAGGAGAAUCCCCAGUCCCUUCAAAUCCACUGCAGCUCAAACCCCUUGUUCUUUCUGGAGUUCACCCCUUCUCCCCACUGUGUCCCUCUGAGUGUGUUCUGGCAUGUGUAGGCCCUUCUCUGCCAGCUCAUGCCCUGCCCCUCCCCCAACAGCCCCAGGUCUCCUGGAUCCCCAACAAGCACUACUCUGGCCUCUACGGGCUAAUGAAGCUGGUGCUCCCUGGUGCCCUGCCCCCUGACCUGGCCCGAGUCAUUGUCCUGGACACUGAUGUCACCUUUGCCUCUGACAUCGCGGAGCUCUGGGCACUCUUUGCUCACUUUUCUGACAAGCAGGUGAUUGGGCUCGUGGAGAACCAGAGCGACUGGUACCUGGGCAACCUCUGGAAGAACCACAGGCCCUGGCCUGCCUUGGGUCGGGGAUUUAACACAGGGGUGAUCCUGCUGCAGCUGGACCGGCUGCGGCGAGCCGGCUGGGAGCAGAUGUGGAGGCUGACAGCCAGCCGGGAGCUCCUCACCCUGCCCGCCACCUCACUGGCCGACCAGGACAUCUUCAAUGCUGUGAUCAAGGAGCACCCGGGGCUGGUGCAGCCCUUGCCCUGCAUCUGGAACGUGCAGCUGUCGGACCACACGCUGGCGGAGCGCUGCUACUCUGAGGCAUCUGACCUCAAGGUGAUCCACUGGAACUCACCAAAGAAGCUUCGGGUGAAGAACAAGCAUGUGGAAUUCUUCCGCAACUUCUAUCUGACCUUCAUGGAGUACGACGGGAACCUGCUGCGGAGAGAGCUCUUCGGGUGCCCCGGCCAGCCCCUGCCUGGGGCUGAGCAGCGGGCCCUGGCACAACUGGACGAGGAAGACGCCUGCUUUGAGUUCCGGCAGCAGCAGCUCACCGUGCACCGUGUGCACAUCACCUUUCUGCCCCAUGAGCCGCCACCCCACCGGCCUCACGAUGUCACCCUGGUGACCCAGCUCUCCAUGGACCGGCUGCAGAUGCUAGAAGCCCUGUGCAGGCACUGGCCGGGCCCCAUGAGCCUGGCCUUGUACCUGACAGACGCAGAGGCCCAGCAGUUCCUGCGUUUCGUCGAGGCCUCCCCAGUGCUCUCUGCCCGGCAGGACGUGGCCUACCAUGUGGUGUACCGCGAGGGUCCCCUCUACCCUAUCAACCAGCUCCGCAACGUAGCCUUGGCCCAGGCCCUCACGCCUUACGUCUUCCUCAGUGACAUUGACUUUCUGCCUGCCUACUCCCUCUACGACUCCCUCAGGGCUUCCAUCGAGCAGCUGGGGCUGGGCGGCCGGCGCAAGGCGGCCCUGGUGGUGCCGGCAUUCGAGACCCUGCACUACCGCUUCAGCUUCCCCACUUCCAAGGCGGAGCUGCUGGCCUUGCUGGAUGCUGGUGCUCUCCACACCUUCAGGUACCACGAGUGGCCCCGGGGCCAUGCACCCACGGACUACACCCGCUGGCGGGAGGCUGAGGCCCCAUACCGUGUGCAAUGGGCAGCUGACUAUGAGCCCUAUGUGGUGGUGCCUCGCGACUGUCCCCGCUAUGACCCCCGCUUCGUGGGCUUUGGCUGGAACAAGGUGGCCCACAUUGUGGAGCUAGAUGCACAGGAAUAUGAGCUCCUGGUGCUGCCCGAGGCCUUCACCAUCCACCUGCCCCAUGCUCCAAGCCUUGACAUCUCCCGCUUCCGCUCCAGCCCCACCUAUCGUGACUGCCUACAGGCCCUCAAGGACGAGUUCCACCAGGACUUGUCUCGCCACUAUGGGGCUGCCGCCCUCAAAUACCUCACUGCCCUGCAACAGCCCGGAAGCCCGGCCUGAGCCUCCCAGGCAUGGGCUCACCCUUUCCUUG